GCUGGAACAACGUCCCCUCUAUCUGCUCUACUGUAACAACCCUGGGGGGGGGUUAUAAGAGCGGAUAUCAACUGUGCCGCUUAGAGCGCGCGCUGGACUUUCGGCCAAGAAAGGUCGAGGGUUCGAGUCCUUGCUUCCCUGCCUGUUUCAUUACACUGGUGUCAGAAGUGGGAUCGGACCCUUUGCAGCCACCACAGUGCGCGUGCUUGGCCGGUGGGAGUGUGUGCGCGCGCGCGCGAUCCUGUUAAAAAGACGUAGGGUUCGCAAGCUAGCGCGAGGACGCGCUCUUUGAAAAGGAGGGAUGAGUGUAACGACCCCCCUGGGGUUUAAUUAAUAAGGGCUAGAAGGUCGAGGGUUCGAGACCUGCUUCACUACAAUACGAACGGAGGAUGUCUAAGCCCCAGAAUGGAGAGCCAGCAGCAGAUGAUCCAGAGGUGAUGUUCCAGAUGCCUGGUCCAACCGUCUCCUUCUCCAGACUACACUACUCUGUCAUGGAGAGCAAUGGACUCUGCCACAAGACAGGACCUGAGAAGCACAUCCUCAAAGACAUCAGCGGCAUCAUGAGACCAGGGAUGAACGCCAUCAUGGGGCCAACAGGAAGUGGAAAAACAUCUCUCCUGGAUGUGAUAGCAGGUCGUAAGGACCCAGCAGGGUUGAAGUUUGGUCAGGUUCUGAUCGAUGGGAAGAUGGUGGACUCUGACCUCCGACUCAUAUCUGCCUACGUGGUGCAGGAUGAUAUAUUGAUGGGAACUCUGUCAGUGAGAGAGAACUUGUUGUUCAGUGUGAACCUGAGACUAGACCCUCGACAUUAUUCUACAGCUGACAAACAGCAGAGAGUGGACAGCAUCAUAGAGGACCUGGGUCUACAGGACUGUGCCCACACCAAGAUAGGAACAGAGUUCCUGCGUGGUGUGUCUGGGGGAGAGAGGAAGAGGUGCAGCAUCGGUAUGGAGCUCAUUACUUCUCCUCGUCUUCUGUUCCUGGAUGAACCCACAACUGGUCUGGACUCUAACACUGCUAACCACAUCAUCAACUUACUGCAUAGGCUGUCUAGAAGCGGUAAGACUAUCGUGUUCUCCAUCCAUCAGCCUCGUUACUCAAUCUUCAGCCGCUUUGACCACCUGACCCUGAUGCACCGAGGAGAGUUGGUGUAUGCUGGAGCUGCUGGGAAGGCCCUGAGCUACUUUACUGACUUGGGGUAUCACUGUGAGCCGUUCAACAACCCCUCUGACUUCUUCCUGGACGUCACUAACGGAGAGGCUCAGUCUACACUAGACAUCACUUCAUUUAACUAUGAUGAUAAGGAGAACUGUGACAACAGCAACCUUCUGAAUGUGAGCUACAGACAGUCAACUCAGUACCAGAGGGUGGUGGAGGAGCUGGACCAUUUGACCCAGGGUCUGGAGGGAGGGGUCGGAGGUCAGGGACAGAAGGCCGACUACGUCACCUCCUUCUGGUACCAGAUGAGGAUAGUGGGUGGUCGUAUGGUGGUGAACUCUCUCAGGAACCCCCAGACAUCGUACGCUCAGCUGGCCCUCAACAUCUUCUUCGCUCUGCUGGUCGGCCUCAUUUACUACCAGAUCCCCCUGACUCUACCUGAAGCCCUACAGAACAGGAUGGGAGCAUUCUUUUUCCUCAUCAUCAACAUGGUGUUUGGGAAUCUUUCAGCUGUGGAACUCUUCAUCAAUGAGAGAGCUCUGUUCAUCCAUGAGAACUCUAGUGGGUACUACCGUACGUCCGUCUACUUCCUGUCCAAGAUAUUCGCUGACCUCAUCCCCAACCGCAUUGUCCCUAUCAUCAUCUUCUCAGCCAUCGCCUACUAUAUGAUGGGUCUGAAGCCAGCCUUCACAGCGUUCCUGCUCUUCACACUGACGAUGUCCCUGGUCAGUCUCGCUGCGGUCAGUCUAGCGUUCCUGGUCUCAGCCUCUGUCUCCUCCUUCGCUAUGGCCAACGUCCUCAUCGCCCUGCCUUUCGUCUUCAUGAUGGUGUUCGGAGGGUUCCUGGUCAACCUUAACUCCAUGUUGUCUUGGUUGUCAUGGCUGAAGUGGAUCAGCAUCUUCCGCUACGGACUAGAGGCGGUGACCAUUAAUGAGUUUAAAGGACAAAUAUUCUACAGCAACACAACCAUCAUUCCAGGGGAGGUGUACCUGGAGACCCAGGGAAUAGACUACAGCACCUGGGGUUUCUGGCAGAACCAUGUAGCUCUGUCUGGGAUCAUUACGGUGUGUAUGGUCUUGGCCUACAUACAGCUCAGGCGAAUCAACCGCUGGAAGUGACACAGGCCGGAAGAAUAGAAUCAUAGAAUCAACAGGGACUGUGAGGAGACACACAUCACAAGAAUAGAAUCAGAACUACACCUUCCGGAACAACAGGGGCUGUGAGGAGACACACAUCACAAGAAUAGAAUCAUAGAAUCAGAACUACACCUUCUGGAACAACAGGGACUGUGAGGAGACACACAUCACAAGAAUAGAAUCAUAGAAUCAGAACUACACCUUCUGGAACAACAGGGACUGUGAGGAGACACACAUCACAAGAAUAGAAUCAGAACUACACCUUCUGGAACAACAGGGACUGUGAGGAGACACACAUCACAAGAAUAGAAUCAGAACUACACCUUCCGGAACAACAGGGACUGUGAGGAGACACACAUCACAAGAAUAGAAUCAUAGAAUCAGAACUACACCUUCCGGAACAACAGGGACUGUGAGGAGACACACAUCACAAGAAUAGAAUCAUAGAAUCAGAACUACACCUUCUGGAACAACAGGGGCUGUGAGGAGACACACACACUCUCCACUCCAGUUCAUUGUAAUAUGGUUGUAUGGUACGUUUUGUGUUGUAGAAAUGUAGUGGUGUAGUUAUGUUAUGAUGUUAUUUGAUGCCUUAAUACAGUCUAAGUCCUGUCUGUGUCGGGGGAAGGGGUUCUACUGAACGUUAUGGAAUUGUUUUAAGAAUGUCAAACCAAGGAUCUUCUUGUUUUUUGGUGCCUUAAUGCAGUCUACGUCCUGUCUGUGCCGGGGGGAGGGGUUCUACUGAGCGAUAUGGAAUUGUUUUAAGAAGGUCAAACCAAGGAUCUUCUUAUUUUUUGGUGCCUUAAUGCAGUCUAAGUCCUGUCUGUGCCGGGGGGAGGGGUUCUACUGAACGAUAUGGAAUUGUUUUAAGAAUGUCAAACCAAGGAUCUUCUUGUUAUUUGAUUUAGAGUUUUAAGACUCCUCGAGGUAUCAACAAAUAUAUAUAAAACAAAUAUUUGAUGAA